AUGCUCCGUCGCAGCCGCCGGUUCCUCGCCAGAACACCUCGCCGCCGCCAACCCAAAGCCGCCGGGAAAGCCGAGCCAUCUCCCACAGCCGCGCCGACCUACACCCGUGACGUCGUCCGCCGCGCCACCGCCAUCCUCCGCGACCACCCCUGGUCGGCGGCGCGCCCGCUCCUCCUCUCCCUCCCCGGCCUCGCCUGGGACUCCCACACCGUGGCGCGCGUGCUCAAGACCCACCCGCCGCUCCAGAGGGCCUUCCUCUUCUUCCGCCUGGCGGCCGCCGCGUCGCGCACCUUCCGCCACGACCGCUUCACCUAUACCUCCAUGAUCCACCUCCUCGGGGAGGCCGGCCGCGUGCCGGCCAUGCUCCGCCUCCUCGCCGAGAUGCUCCGCGCCGGGGUCGCGCCCGACGCCGCCACCUUCACCACCGUCAUGCACUGGCUCGCGCGGGCCGGUGAUGUCCACGACGCCAUGCGGGUGUGGGCGGAGAUGAAGGCGAGGAGCAGGCCUACCGUCGUCAGCUACACCGCGUGCGUGAAGAUUCUGUUCGACGCCGGGAGGGCAGAGGAGGCGCGGAGUGUGUUUAGAGAGAUGGUGGCUGAAGGGCUGCGCCCCACCUGCAAGACCUACACGGUGCUCAUCGAGCAUCUCGCUGACACAGGGAAAUUUGAAGCUACUCUUGAGAUUAUGGACAAGAUGAAAGAAGCAUGUGUACAACCAGAUAAAGCACUCUGCAAUAUUUUAGUACAGAAAUGUUCCAGGGCUGGUGAGACAUCAGUUCUUACUUGCAUUCUUCGGUACAUGAAGGAUCAUUUCAUUGUUCUUCGUCGACCUAUUUUUUUGGAAGCACUAGAAGCUCUAAAAGCUAGUGGUGAUAAUGAUGAACUUCUUCGGGAAGUAAACCCUCACCUUUCAUAUGAAGGCAUUGAGAAUGAUCCAAUAUUGUCUGAUCAAGGCUAUCUUACUGAUAGAAGUAUUAUUCUCCACCUUAUGUCUGCAAACAAAUGGUCUGCUAUAGAACAAAUGGUUAACCAAAUGGCCCCGAAGAAUGUGAAAAUGGAGACCCAUAUCCUGUCUGAUGUUAUUGAGGCCAGCUGUGCAGACCGUAAACCGUCUUGUGGGCUCGCAGUUAUGCGUUAUGGUUUAGGAGUAGGCUGUGAACUUGGUAGGUCUGCAUAUUGUUCUCUUCUUGGUCAGUACAUCAGAACUGGGUCAUUUGAUUUAGUCUUAGAGAUUGUUGAGGAAUUGAUUAAAUCUUGUUGCAAUCUUGGGACAUAUUUAUCAUCUGUUUUAAUACUCAGAUUGGGCUAUGCUGGGCAGUCUGCAUGCGCAGCUCAUAUUUUUGGAAUGUUGACUGCAGACAAGAAUGUAGUUUCAUACACAGCCCUUAUCAAUGCCUAUUUUCAAGCUGGCAAAGUUGACGGUGCUCUUGAUGUAUUCACACAAAUGAGAACUAAUAGAAUAUCUGCUUGCUUGGGUACAUAUGAAGUCCUGAUACAUGGCUUACAAAAGGUUGGCCUGAAACAGGAAUCAGAUUACUACCGAAGAGAAAGAAUGAAUAUGCAAUGGCAUCUUCAGUAUCAUGGUCAGCGCUCACCUGAAGAUACCUUAUGUAACCAUCUGUUUUGUAGCAUUCACGGGUGA